AUGUCCACAACACCCCCCUCCCAGCCUCAUCACCACGGCGAAGACGCCCUGUACGCUCAGGAGGACGCAAGCGAACUGCACGAUACCCCUGAAGAAAAGUGGACCGCAUUGGCCAAGAUCGUCAGGGAUGUCGGACCGAACUUGUCCCCAGAUGAAGAGCUGGGCGAUCUGGCCGCGGCAGAGGCGGCAGUGAAUGCCAAAGAUGCGGAAAGGAACGAAAUACUCGACAAGAUACGUGAUGAUCUUCGACAACUGUCUCGCCAACUUAACCAAGCCACUUCCGCCGCACAAAGGCCGCCUUCUCACCCCUCGCCUGACGAUCACGAUGCUCACGUCAGAUCUCUGGAACAGCAGCAGUACUCGACUGGCAAACAACUGAAUGACGAGCAAGCUGCCGUGGCCAAGAAGGAGGUGGAACUGGGCAAAUGGAAGGCAGCCAAGGAGGAGAUAGGAAAAGUCGAGAUCGGUGAAGAUGCAGAGAGCUGGGCUGACGGGAAAGUUAUUCGCCUCAAGCUUUUCUCUGAAGCUGGUUUCUCGCUCGUCCCACCCAGAGAGGGUUCUUCCGCAAGCAAGAUACUGAUCAGAAAUGACGCCAAAGACGAUGUCCACUCGGUGGUGGUCGACAACUCCCGAUCCAAGGUCUAUACGGCCAAUCUCAUAUGGAACCUUGCUAGCGAAUAG